AUGCGCUUUCGUCGGGUUCGAAGACUGUCGACUGGUGGGCGAGAGACGAGUUUGGCCGAUUAUUCUGGCCGGUUGAGCCUCGAGUGCUUUUGCAGAGCUCGGCCCAGGGCCGACAUUCCGGUCUACCGUCACGUGGCCAACCUGAGCGGCACCAAACGCGUCAUGCUGCCGGCGCCGGCAUUCAACGUCAUCAACGGAGGAGUGCACGCCGGCAACAAGAUGGCUUUUCAGGAGUUGAUGGUGAUGCCGGUCGGUGCCAAGUCGUUCAGCGAGGCUCUUCGCAUGGGCAGUGAAGUGUACCACCACCUGAAAGAGCGGAUCAAGCAGCGCUACGGCCUCGAUGCCUGCAAUGUUGGCGAUGAAGGAGGCUUUGCACCGAACAUUCUGGACGUCCACGAAGGUGAGCAGCCGUCUGGCUCAUUUUACACACCUAUUGUGAUCCGACUUGACGAUCGAAUGAGUCAUACCUCGCAACGCCUGUCCCGAUUAAUGUGGUGCCAGUCGUGUAGGGAUGGGAAGGUGUACACGGCUGGCCGACGCUUGUCAACAUGUUCGUGA